AAUGCCUCGUGGGUGUCUUGGGGUGCUUUUCCCCCCAGCACUGAUUCAUGCUCCAUCACCGGGAAGUACAAGCGGGCAUCGCGCACACCCAGCCUGGAGGUGGGAUUAGGCCGGGCUUUGGCUAAUCCCCUCCCAGCAGACAGGCUUUAUAAACCCCCUCCUGGCACCCAUCGCAGCACCCAAGGGUGCUCGGAGGGGGCCACCAGCAUGGCCCAGCAGCGCCGCGUCCAGCUCUCCACGCAGCGUCCCACCAGCACCGUCUACGUGCUGGGCACUGAGCUCUCCCUGGACAUCCGCGGAUGUGCCCCCAAAGAUGCCGUUGCCUUCCACGUGCAGGGAACGCUGGGCGUGAAGCUCUAUGUGGUGCAUGAGACGCAAAGCAUCAAGUUGCCCUCCAGCGUGAGCCGCUGGCCACUGGCCGCUGGCACUGAGGUGCUGCUGGCCAUGGAUGCUCUCAGCAAGGACGUAGGAGAUGAAAAGGUCAGGAUUUCUUACUUUGCGGAGGCCGGUGGGGUGCCUGUGGGCAGAGCUAUGCUGUACCUCACCUGCGUGGAGGUCUCGUUGGAUGCCGACACCAGCCGCAGCGGAGCUGUGAACAGAACGCUGCUGGACAAGACAACGUGGACAUGGGGUCCCGAUGGACAUGGGGCCAUCCUGCUGGUGAACUGCGACCGUGACGAACCCCAAGGCAAGAAACCAGAUAACAGUGACACCGCCAUCCGCUCCUACGCCGACCUGAAGGACAUGUCACAGCUGGUGCUGAGGACCCGAGGACCUCGCACCAUCUUCACUGGCCACCGCCUCAUCCUGCACGUGGACUAUAGCGACGCUGAUAAAGUUGGCGUGUUCUAUGGUGGAAACAGUGUCGCGCUGGAGGAGUACAAGCACGUGCUGGGGGGCUCGAAGCUCGCCUACGCCGUCAAACCCAGCCGGCAUCAGGAGGAGAGCAUCUUCUACGUGGAGGGGCUCGUCUUCCCAGAUGUUGGCUUUUCCGGGCUGGUGGCUUUCCACGUUACGCUGCUGGAGAGCCCUGAGAAGGGGUUGCUGGAGACGCCAAUUUUCACCGACACCGUGGUUUUCCGCGUGGCUCCGUGGAUCAUGACUCCCAACACGGCAGUGCCACUGGAGGUCUAUGUCUGCAGCGUGGAGGACAAUGAGGAUUUCGUGGCAGCCGUGGGUGCCAUGGCUGAGAAAGCCAAGUGCCCGCUCACCGUCUGCCCGCUGCCGGAGAACGGCCAGGACCGCUGGAUCCAGGACGAGGUUGAAUUUGGCUACGUGCAAGCCCCCCACAAGACCUUCCCCGUCGUCUUCGACUCGCCCCGUGACCGGGGGCUGAAGGAUUUCCCCGUCAAGAGGAUCCUGGGCCCUGAUUUUGGUUAUGUCGCCCGGGAAGCACCGGAGGGUGCUUCCAGCCUCGAUGCCUUUGGUAAUUUGGAGGUGAGCCCCCCGGUGACGGUGCGGGGCAAGGAGUACCCCUUGGGCCGUAUCCUGAUAGGCAGCAGCUUCCCCAGAUUUGGCGGCCGACGGAUGGCGAAAACCGUCAAGGAUUUUCUCUUCGCCCAACAAGUGCAAGCACCUGUGGAGCUCUUUGCCGACUGGCUUCAAGUUGGCCAUGUAGAUGAGUUUCUCAGCUUUGUUCCUGCACCCGAUCGGAAGGGUUUUCGGCUGCUCCUGGCCAGCCCCAGCGCCUGCUACCAGCUCCUCAAGGAGAAGCAAGAGGAGGGAUUUGGUGAGGCAGCGAUGUUCCAGGGACUGGACGGGGUGCCCAAGCCAACGAUAAAUGAGAUUUUGUCUAAUGAAACACUCCGGAAAUUCAAUAAUUAUGUCCAGAGCUGCAUCAGUUGGAACAGGGACAUCCUGAAGCGGGAGCUGGGGUUGGCCGAGCAGGACAUCCUUGACAUCCCCCAGCUCUUCCAAGGUGACGUGGACACCGGCGCCGGAGCCUUCUUCCCCGACAUGGUGAACAUGCUGGUGCUGGGCAGGCACCUGGGCAUCCCCAAGCCCUUUGGACCACGGGUGGGUGGGCAGUGCUGCCUGGAGGAGCGCGUGCGGGAGCUGCUGGAGCCCCUGGGCCUCACCUGCACCUUCAUCAACGACUACUUUUCCUACCACAUCCUCUCCGGUGAGGUCCAUUGCGGCACCAAUGUCCGCCGCAAGCCCUUCGCCUUCAAAUGGUGGCACAUGGUGCCCUGAAGUGGCCUCAGCACCUACAUCUCUCCUCUACCCCACGUUCCUCUCCCCUUCCCUCCAAGUGCCUUCAGCCAUUGGCCUGCAUUUGAAAUAAAGAAGGGCUGCAGCUUUCUCCUUGCUUCUCUCUUGCUGGUGCACGGUCUGAAUCGGAGAAUCACAGCAUCCUUGAAGUUGGGAAAGCCCUCUAAGCUCAUACAGACCAACUCUCAGCCCAAACCCACCGCACCUGCUAAACCCCGUCCCCAAGGGCCACAGCCACAUGGUUUUGAAACCCUCCAGGGAUGGAGACUCCACCACCUCCCUGUGCAGCCUCUACCAGGACUUGACAGCCCUUUCCAUGAAGGAAUAUUUCCCACUAUCCAAUCUGAACCUCCCCUGGUUGAGGAAGGAGGAUGAGGCUGCCAGGUCUGAGGCAGAAGCUCCCCCACUGCAGGGGUCACCAGCAGCAAGCUCCAUCCCAACCUGGGAAAGAAAAUCCUCACAGCUUUUCAAUUAAUUCUCCUUAUUUCUGGCCCCCAUCCUUGCUGCCGGCAACAUUCCCCAGCCAUCAGCUGGAUUUUAGGGUGCCGUGCAUUCACC